CCCCAUUCUCCUCCAGCCCAGGGCCAGUUGUGGGCCCCGUGGCCCAGUCUGGCCCCGCCUCCAUCUGUCCCUCCCGCUGCCGCCUGCCCUCCACCCUCUGUGGGCUGGUGCCAUAGCCAAGCUCAGCGCCUGCCAGGGCAGGGCCGUGUCACCACCCGCUGCCGAGGAGGCUGGGGCACGAGGCCAGCCAGCCCGCCCCGGUGGGCACCCACAUCAGGGGAGCCCUGUACCUUCUCCCUGAUCGCCCAGCUGAUGCCUCUCCCACUGCCCUGCCCCACCCAGGGUGGCCCCGGACAGAGCGAGGAGGGUAGUGGAGAUGAAUAGCCCGGAGCCCCAAGAGGAGACAUCACCCACCCCAGGGCUCUUCUAGCACAGCCGGCAUCAGACCAGACCUGCUGGCCAGAGCCCCCGGAUGCCACCGCCAUGUUUGGGAAGAAGAAGAAGCGGGUGGAGAUCUCAGCGCCGUCCAACUUUGAGCACCGGGUGCACACGGGCUUCGACCAGCACGAGCAGAAGUUCACAGGGCUGCCCCGCCAGUGGCAGAGCCUGAUCGAGGAGUCAGCUCGCCGACCCAAGCCCCUCAUUGACCCUGCCUGCAUCACCUCCAUCCAGCCUGGGGCCCCCAAGACCAUCGUGCGGGGCAGCAAAGGUGCCAAGGAUGGGGCCCUCACGCUGCUGCUUGAUGAGUUCGAGAACAUGUCAGUGACGCGCUCCAACUCCCUGCGGAGAGACAGCCCGCCACCACCCACCCGGGCUCGACAGGAAAACGGGGUUCCUGCGGAUCUGGCCUCUGUCCCAUCCAAGGGGGGCCCAGAGAAGGUGGGCGGCCACAUCCGGGCCCCAGGCCGCAUCGAGGCGGGGAGCGGCGGCGGAGACAGGCGGCGAGUGGGGCCUGAGAAGAGGCCCAAGUCUUCUAGGGAAGGCUCAGGGGGACCCCAGGAGUCCUCCCGGGACAAACGCCCCCACUCUGGGCCAGAUGUUGGCACCCCCCAGCCUGCCUGUCUGGCUGGGGGUGUGAAAGUGGCAGCAGGCCGGCCCUUUAACACGUACCCAAGGGCUGAUACGGACCACCCACCCCGGGGUGCCCAGGGGGAACCUCACAACAUAGCUCCCAACGGGCCAUCAGCGGGGGGCCUAACUGCCCCCCAGUCCUCCUCUUCCUCCCAGCCUCCCACCCGAACCCGAGAGCCCCCCAGCCCUGGCAUGCUGGGUCCCCACGCCUCCGAGCCCCAGCUGGCCCCCCAGGCCCGCACCCUCAUCUCCCCUGCCGGCCCCCCUGCCCCUGGGCCCCCUGGCCCCCGUUCACCCCAAAGGGAGCCCCAGCGAGUGUCCCAUGAGCAGUUCCGGGCCGCCCUGCAGCUGGUGGUGGACCCCGGAGACCCCCGCUCCUACCUGGACAACUUCAUCAAGAUUGGUGAGGGCUCCACCGGCAUCGUGUGCAUCGCCACCGUGCGCAGCUCAGGCCGCCUGGUGGCCGUCAAGAAGAUGGACCUGCGCAAACAGCAGAGGCGGGAGCUGCUCUUCAAUGAGGUGGUGAUCAUGCGGGACUACCAGCAUGAGAACGUGGUGGAGAUGUACAACAGCUACCUGGUAGGGGACGAGCUCUGGGUGGUGAUGGAGUUCCUGGAGGGAGGCGCCCUCACCGACAUCGUCACCCAUACCAGGAUGAAUGAGGAGCAGAUUGCCUCCGUGUGCCUGGCCGUGCUGCAGGCCCUGUCGGUGCUCCACGCCCAAGGCGUCAUCCAUCGGGACAUCAAGAGCGACUCCAUCCUGCUGACCCAUGAUGGCAGGGUGAAGCUGUCAGACUUUGGCUUCUGCGCCCAAGUGAGCAAGGAGGUGCCUCGAAGGAAGUCACUGGUUGGCACGCCCUACUGGAUGGCCCCGGAGCUCAUCUCACGCCUUCCCUACGGGCCAGAGGUAGACAUCUGGUCUCUGGGAGUGAUGGUGAUCGAGAUGGUGGACGGGGAGCCCCCCUACUUUAAUGAGCCACCCCUCAAAGCUAUGAAGAUGAUUCGUGACAACCUACCACCACGACUGAAGAACCUGCACAAGGUGUCACCGUCCCUGAAGGGCUUCCUGGACCGCCUGCUGGUGCGGGACCCCACACAGCGGGCCACAGCAGCUGAGCUACUAAAGCACCCGUUCCUGGCCAAAGCAGGCCCGCCCGCCAGCAUCGUGCCCCUCAUGCGCCAGAACCGCACGCGAUGAGGCCCAGUGCCUGGCCUGAACCAAAGAGCCCCCCUGGGCCAGCCCUGCCCUGCUGCCAGAGGCCAAUGUGGGGGUCACCCCCCGGUUCCUAGCCUGGAAGACACUCUGCACUGCUGGAGCCCAACUACUGAACUCUGGUUUCAAUUUUGUGACUUUUAUAACAAAAACAAAAAAACCCAGGGACUCCCGGGUACCAGCAAGGCGCCCAGAGCCCUCCUCCACCCUCUGGGACAGCCCCCACCUCCCCCAGUACUUUCUUGUCUACAGAAAGGACAGGUGUCCCCCCCCCCAUCACUGGAAACCCACAGUGGGGGCCCCUGGGGUGGAGCAGACACUACAGAAAAGGUGUGUACGUGAGUGUGUGAGGGUGUGCGUGUGCACGUGGGGGUCCCACGCCUCUGUCCUCCCGUCUGCAAGUGGGUGUCUCCGAGAUCUGGCCUAACAUAGAGCCCCUCUCCCCCCUGAGCCAUUGUGGGGGUAGAUUAUGAAUGUCUGAAGAGUGGCCUUUCCCCUUAGCCCUGCACCUGUGACUGGAUGGGGAAGACAGGGGUUGGGGUCCCCUGUCCCCUCCCCCACCUCACCCCUGCCUCUGCAGAAAAUGACUACUGCACCUGGACAGCCUCUUUUCUAGAAAUCUAUUUAUAUUGCCAUUUUGUAACACUAGCCCCUGUCCCUAUGUUGGGGGCAGACAUCCCCAGUCCCCCACGGUGGCACCAGGGACAGAACCACCGCUCGAAGAAUUAGCUUCUUGGCCCGCCACCCCGCCCCCCCCCCCCCCCCCGUGGCAUAGCGCCAGCCUCCCCUCCCUCCCAUUAGUUUUACAAUUAAAACAUUCUCUUGUU